AUUCUCCUCUUUUUUAAGCUCUCUCUCUCUCUCUCUCUCUCUCUCUCGAUCGAGAAUAUUGAAGUGAUUAAGUGUGGGGAGGUGCGAAGAGGCGAGAAAGCUCCGAUUUUGUUUUUUCCUGGGGAUUUUUUUUGAGAUUCUGGUCACAAAUAUGGCUUCUGUAGACUCCACUACAAAUAUUUGCUGUGGAUUCCUUUGCUCACUUUGUGUGGAAGCCAAAUUAUUCCUUUAAAUUUCUGGGAUUAAAAAAAAAAACAAAGCUUUUUUUUUAUUUUUUAUUUAAAGUAGCAGAUUUGAAGUAGAUUCUGCUAGUAUAAUUUAGCUGAAAGAAACAUGGGAUAAGCAGAUUUUAGAAUACCUAUUGGAUCAUCUCCAUUUUCUAAUUGUUAUUGCCCUCAAAUUGUCAUUAGGUUCUAAGUUUUGUGAAUAUUUAUUGCAAUCAUAUGUUAACAUACAUCUAUUCCAUUCUCUUGAAUGGUGUUAAUAUUUGACUAUAAAGAAGGAAGGUUUUUCACCCCUAUAAGUCAUAGGCUCUUUUGAUUUUCUUGUUGGUACUUGCAAAGAAAAAAUGGGCCUUCUCUGUGAUUUUUGUGGGAAGCAAAGAUCUAUGAUAUACUGCCGGCCCGACGCUGCUUGUUUGUGCUUAUCGUGCGACCGGGGUGUCCACGCAGCGAACGCCCUCUCGUGCCGCCACCUGCGCACUCUCCUUUGCGGGCGAUGCAAUUCGCAGCCAGCUAUUGUUCGGUGCAUCGAGGAAAACAUAUCCCUUUGCCGCGGUUGUGACUGGAGUGGGCAUGGCGGAUCAGCGUCCGCUCUGGGGCAUAAGAUGCAGCCCAUCAAUUCUUAUUCGGGUUGUCCUUCGUCAGCAGAGCUCUCCAGGCUUUGGUCCUUUGCUUUAGAGAUUCCGCCUAUAUUAGAUUCGAAUUGUCAAAAGGUCUUGGGAAUGAUAAGCGUUGGCACUAAUAGUUUUGACAAUUGUUGCGGACCUUCAAAUGGUAGGGAUAAUGAUCUUGGAGCCAAUGGCGAGUUGAGUACUUCCGUUGGAUCCUCGUUGAAGUUUGUGGAGAAUCCUUUGCCGUUUACUUCGGAUCAACAGGCUAGGUUGAUUGAUCCGACAACACCAAAGUUAUGUUGUACCGAGACAAAUGGGCACGAAACCUGCAAGGAUGAUCACUUGUACGAAGACCUCAAUGUGGAUGAUAUUGAUUUGUCUUUCGAGAACUACGAAGAACUCUUUGGUGGAUCUCAGAAUGAAUCAGGGCAACUAUUUGGAGAUGCCGGAAUGGAUAGUCUGUUUGAAAUGGAUAUUUCAGCAACCACCUCAAACUGUCAGGGUGCAUUGAUGGCAGAGGCAUCAUCUUCUGGACAGGUUGAAUCGACGCAUGCAGCAUGCAGCACCGCAGCAUCUGCAGAUUCUUUGAUGUCGAAUCCAGGAGUCGAUUCCGAUCCUAUCCCAUGUUUCCCUUCGAUGCAAGCUUGUUCAGCCCUCUCUCUUUCAUUUUCUGGCUUGAUCAGUGAUAGCAAACGUGGAGACUAUCGAGAUUGUGGGAUGUCGUCUAUGGCUACUGUCGGUGACCCGCCAUGGUACGCUGCUGGUCCUGAGGCCUCUUCAUUCUCGCCAGCUAGCAGAGAUAGUGCUGUGAUGCGCUACAAGGAGAAAAAGAAAAAUAGGAGAUUUGAGAAGAAGAUCAGGUAUGAAUCUCGUAAAGUCCGGGCAGACACAAGAAGAAGGGUGAAGGGGAGGUUCGUCAAGGCAGGGGAUGCUUAUGAUUACGACCCACUCCACGACGCAAAGGGCUGCUAGUGAUCACAAGGCGCGUGCUUCAUGUUACAACGAUCGACUAUGAAACCAGAAAAGAAAAGAUGGAAUUAAACAAAUACAUAAUCCUCCUUCCUUUGCGUUAACUACUUCGAUGUUUAAAAGAAAAAAAAAAAAAAAAAAGAAAGAAAAAAGAACAGUUCAACUAUUAUGAGCUGUAAAUAAGAAAUCCGGGUGUUGUAUUCUGCAGGAUUUCUGCUUAAGAGAAAAGCUUUGUGCAAGUAAAUAAGGCAAGUGAACCUCAUGUUCUCCGGACAUUGAUGCGGUGUUCUUGUAAAUAUGGCUGCAGACAAAUAUCAUCUAGACAAGGAAAAACACCGCAGCAUGCCAGUUGUAGUGACCGGUCACCUUUUUCUGUUUUUCUGACCCAUGUUGACGAGUUACUGAUGCUAUGAUCAACCUGCGGUUUCAUGAAAUCAAAGGUGAGAAAGGUUUUUGCUCAGCUGUUUAUACCUACUUAUGUAUAGAAUUUCCAUGAAACUUGUAGAGAAGAAAAAGAGAAGAUCUACUGUAUCUACUCAAUAAGAACAAAUCUUGUAUUUAUUUUUGAUGUCAAAGAAAACAUAUCUAAUAUAAUAAGAGCAUCGCCGAAAUGCCUUUUAUGUUUA